AAUGCAGCCGCGCUGCCGCGGGUAUUGAGAGCGGCAGCCGCAGCAGGAGGCAGCAGCAGGCGAGCAGGGAGGGGGGCCAUCCCCAUUGGCAGCCUCUGCUCCUUCCAGCCGCGGCGGCGGCGGCUCGGACUGCUCCUCACCCCUUCGCCGUGGCCAGCUGCCGCAAACUUUCAGCCUGUUUCCGCCGCCGGGCGAAGCCCAGCUCGACAUAAAUGGAUUUUAAGUUCCCUUUCCAAAGCAGUGGAGGCAUUGCUGAGAGGCUCCAAAGAAAUUUUGGAGGCGAUAGUGGAGUUUGACUACAAAGCUCAACAUGAUGAUGAGCUGACGAUCACUGUAGGUGACAUAAUCACCAAUAUCAAGAAAGAUGAUGGAGGCUGGUGGGAAGGACAGCUCAAAGGCAGAAGAGGUUUGUUCCCUGACAACUUUGUAAGAGAAAUAAAGAAGGACAUGAAGAAAGAAAAUAUUGCCAACAAACCACCAGAGAAGCCUAUAAAUGAAGUUUCCAAUGGAAGCCCUUUACUGUUGUCUGAGACAAUUAUUAGGACCAACAAAAAAGGAGAGAGAAACAGGCGAAGAAGAUGUCAGGUGGCUUUCAGUUACAUGCCUCAGAAUGAAGAUGAACUGGAACUGAAAGUUGGUGAUAUCAUUGAAGUUGUGGGAGAGGUGGAGGAGGGCUGGUGGGAAGGCAUACUUAACGGAAAGACUGGCAUGUUUCCUUCCAACUUCAUAAAGGAACUGUCUGAUUCUGAUGAUGUUGGAAUAGCAUUGGAAGAGCAAAUAAAGCCAAGCCUGAAAGAUACUACAGGCUCUGAGAGUGAUGGAGGUGACUCUUGCAGCACAAAAUCUGAAGGAGCCGAUGGAGGCACAACAAUCCAACCCAAGAAGGUCAAGGGUGUUGGCUUUGGAGAUAUCUUCAAGGACAAACCUAUAAAGCUAAGACCAAGGUCGAUAGAGGUUGACAAUGACUUUCUCCCAGUAGAUAAGAGUGUUGGGAAGAAAUUACCUCCAGCCACAGCAACUCAGGAGCCAACAAAAAUAGAAGUGGACAGCAGAACAAAAACCAAGGAGUAUUGCAAAGUGAUAUUUCCAUAUGAAGCACAGAACGAUGAUGAACUCACAAUCCGAGAAGGUGAUGUUGUCACGCUGAUCAGUAAGGACUGUGUUGAUGUAGGCUGGUGGGAAGGAGAACUCAACGGCAGAAGGGGAGUAUUUCCAGAUAACUUUGUCAAGCUUCUUCCCUCUGAUUUUGAAAAAGAGAGACCUAAGAAACCACCACCUCCAUCGGCUCCUGUCAUCAAACAAGGAUCAGGCACCACUGAUCGAAAACACGAAAUCAAGAAGGUACCUCCUGAAAGGCCAGAAUGCCUUCCUAACCGAACAGAAGAAAAAGAAAGAUCAGAGAGAGAGCAAAAACAGUUAGACCUGCAGAAGCCUUCAGUUCCUGCUAUACCUCCGAAGAAACCUCGGCCACCCAAAGCAAAUUCUGUGAAUAGACCUGGUACCUUGCCCCCGAGACGACCAGAAAGACCAGCUGUGCCUGUGACUCACACAAGGAGUGAUAGUCCAAAAGUAGAGUUAGUGGGCAGCGCAGCGUCCUGCACUCUAGAGAAGGACUCCUCUGAAAGAAGCAACGACAUUGACUUGGAAGGUUUUGACUCUGUAAUACCAAUUGCUGAGAAGCUUAAUCAUCCAACUACAACCAGACCAAAAGCUACUGGCAGGAGACCACCCUCCCAGUCUCUCACAUCUUCCUCCCUUUCAAGCCCGGAUUUUUUUGACUCACCAAGUCCUGAAGAUGAGAAGGAGGAACAUGUUUCCAUUACACAGAAAACUAUUGAAGUAUCAAGGAAGUCAAGAACGGUUACAAUAUCCCAAGUGUCUGAAAAUAAAACUUCCUUGCCUCCAAAACCAGGAGGUUUGCCUAGUGGUGCUAAUGUACAAGCAUCACUCUCCCCUUCACCAUCACCUGGAUUUCACCCAAUUGCUAUGGGAACAACAGGCCACAGGUCAAAUUCCCCAUCCCUGUUUGGUACUGAAGGAAAGCCAAAGACUGAGCCCUUGAGCCAAGGUCAGACUGCCCUGGAGGAGCUGAAAACACAAAUUAAGGAGCUAAGAACCAUUGUUGAAACAAUGAAAGACCAGCAAAAAAAAGAAAUUAAACAGUUGCUGUCUGAGUUGGAUGAAGAAAAGAAGAUCCGUCUACGAUUGCAGAUGGAAGUUAAUGAUAUAAAGAAAGCUCUUCAAUCAAAGUGAAUACUUGAUAGAUGGAAUGUCGCAUUAUUCAUCAUGACUGAGACUCAAAUUUAUGCCCCAGCCAAAAUAACUUUGUGCCAAAUGAUUUAAGAAUUGCCUCAACAUCCCUUUAUUUGAAGGAUUAGCACAAGAGUUUUGAUAGCACAACAGAAGUACCAACAACAAGGAAAAGAUUUCCACAUGAAGCAGUGCUGUGUGGCACUAGUUGUGACUGAAAUUGAUCUUCCUGUGCUAAAGGCUCUCUACUUCAAGAUCAUAGGUGAAAUGAAAACUCAGGCAGUUUAGUCCAUAGUGGUACUAUUUUGAUGAUAUUUUUCCAUAAAUAAAGUGUAUUUCAGAUUAUCUGUUUACAAGCUUUAUGAUUUUGAUUUUUGGUUUUUAAUUGUCUUUUGUCACAGAUUUUAAAAUGUUUGUACUGCAUAUAGCCAGGAAUGAAUGUUAACGUUGGGGCUGGAGGGAUUAUUUUUGCUUCAAGAUAGAACAGCCUACUUUUUGUUAUGGUUUUAAGUUCUGUUAAAUAUGCAAUUUUAUGUCCCCAAAUCCCUUACAAAUACGUUGUGUACAAUAAUGUAUUUACAAGAAGAAAACAAAAAACAGAAAUAUCUGGUCUUUGCAAUGAUUUGUGCCUUUCUUUGCCACACACUGACUGGAGCUGGUUGCAAACCAGACUUCAGUAAUGUAGCUAUCACAAUGACUCCUGUCACUUCUACCGGUAGAGGUCAAUCUUUUAAUGUACAGCUGCUCAGGCAGUCUAACCAGAUUGUGUUCAGGUGGCAUAACAAAUGGUGCAGUUGAGAGCAGCUUUGUCCUUAUCAGCUGUGGCUUUUAGCUUUCCUGUUUUUAAUAGGCCUCUCCAAUUUGAAUGUUCACCUCCGCUUGAUUUUCAUUAGAAAAAUUAAAUGCCCGCCUCCGUCCCCAAUUUUGCACAGAGUGAACAGAAUAUGCAUUAUUAAAGCAAAAAUAAAUAAAAGUAAAUAUAAAACAUGAAUAAAAGGUUGUAUUAUUUCAUGCACAA